AUGAAUGCUGUUUCAAUCCGAAGUCUAUUGUGCUGCGUUGUCCUACUUUUGGUUUUGGACAAUCAUCCUGCACAUGCCAACCAGAAGAUGACGAUCAUGACGACGAAGCCAUCAAUGGCGCCCUGUCACCCUUCCACGAAUCAAGUGGUCAGAUCCGACUUCAAUAGGAACAAUAAGCCAUCCUUAUCUUCUGAUAAUCUCAGCAAUUUUGUAGGAUUCCGAGGUGGAGCCAUCUUCAAGAAGAAGAAGCAAGCAGCCGCCCCGCCCGCCAGUAAAACAAAAAACAGUAAUCUCAAGUCAGCCUUUGCAAAAGUCUUUAUUGGAACUACUGUUGAAUCAGUUCUCAUGCACCAAGUGCUGCUUUUUGCCUUUGGUUUAUCCAACGAGUUCAAAGACAAGACCUUUGCGUCUGUGGUCCAGUUCCUAUUGAUUUUUUCAGUGGUCUUUGGUUCUUCCACCUAUGGUGCUGUGAUUGACAAUGGACUAUCGGCGGCCACCCAACAAUUUCUAUCACCGAACGAAGUUCCUGGUGACUCUGACUGGUAUUCGAAGCUCCAAAAGCCAUCUUGGAAUCCACCAGGGUGGGUCUUUCCCAUCAUGUGGCUCAUUAUUAGCAAGCCCACUCAAUUUGUGGCAUUGUGGAAAUUGAAGGAAAUGAAGAUGACGAUGACGGGUUCGGAAGACUUGGCACUCUUGGUAUACUGCAUUCACUUAUCUCUAGGGGACGCCUGGAACAAAAUUUUCUUUGGCCUCCAACAAAUCAAGGUGGGAGUCGUGGUGAUUUCGGCGUUUUGGACACUUCUCCUAGCAAGUACCUAUUUCUUUUACGCGAUCAAUCCAUCGGCAGGACUUUUUAUGGUUCCAACAUGUCUGUGGGUGACGGUAGCAGCAUCCUUAAACUGGAGCAUUUACAUGCAGAACUAA